CUUGACUCUGACAGUGACCUGGUGGGGGACAUGUGCGACAACAACCAGGACAUCGAUGAGGACGGCCACCAAAACUCACUGGACAACUGUCCCUACAUUGCAAAUAGCAACCAGGCUGACCAUGACAACGAUGGGAAGGGAGACGCCUGUGACCAUGACGACGACAACGACGGUAUCCCCGAUGAUCGGGACAACUGCAGACUAGUGCCCAACAGAGACCAGCUGGACUCUGAUGGUGAUGGUAGCGGGGAUGCAUGCUUUGAUGACUUUGACAAUGACAGUAUUCCAGAUGCGCUGGAUCCAUGCCCGCUGAACCAGGAUAUCGGGUCUACAGACUUCAGGAAGUUUCAGGUUGUUUUGCUGGACCCUAAAGGCACAACACAGUCUGACCCUCUUUGGGUGAUCCGCAGCCAAGGCACCGAGCUGCUGCAGACAGCCAACUCUGACCCUGGCAUCGCUUUAGGGUAUGACAAAUUCAGCGCCGUGGACUUCAGUGUAACAUUUUAUGUAAAUACCAACCGAGACGACGACUACGCAGGAAUUGUGUUCGCCUACCAGUCCAGUCGACGCUUCUAUGUUGUCAUGUGGAAACAGGUGUCUCAGGCGUACUGGGAGAAAAAGCCGUCCAAAGCUUUUGGCACAGCGGGAGUCUCGAUCAAACUGGUCAACUCCAACACAGGACCGGGGGAAUAUCUACGCAAUGCCCUGUGGCACACCGGCAAUACCAGACAUCAGGUCAGAACAUUAUGGCACGACCCCAAUAACAUUGGCUGGAAGGACUACACAGCCUACCGGAUGCACCUUAUCCACAGACCCAAGACAGGGUUCAUCAGGGUGGUGGUGUACGAGGGCAGGGAGAUUUUAUCUGACUCGGGGGCGGUGUACGACCACACCCUGGCUGGAGGCAGACUGGGACUGUUUGUCUUCUCUCAGGAGCACGUCCUCUUCUCAGACCUCAGAUACGAGUGCAGAGGUAAGAAAUUAUGUCAAAAUAUCUGUGCGGACUACUGCUCAGCUGCAGAAAAA